GCGAGGCAUGGAGUGGCGGACAGCGGCGCGCGGCUCUGCUCCCCGCCCACCGAAAGCGAUCGGCGCGCGCAGGGGCGCGAGCUGCCGGUCCCGCUCCGCUCAGCUCCUCUCUCUUCUCUCCGCUCCGCUCUAAGUUGGAGAUCGCGGCGAGGAGGAGGAGGAGGAGGAGGAGGAGGAGGGAUGCGGCUUCGGCUACAACAAGCUUCUCUCAUAAUAUGAGAAGACAAAACACCCACCGUCAGAUGAAGCAGCAUCAUCGCCCGCAGCCCAGUCAGAAAUUUCAGUACAAUAGCGGAUAACUGGCUUGAAGAAGAAGGAAAGGAGUGCAGUAGUGAUGGGGCCGUUUUCGGAGAGGUGCUCCUUUCUCUGGAUCCUUUUAUUCCUUCAUUUCUGCGUGAGAGCUGUGACAUCCAGAGGAGGCAGCAGUGAUGCACUUCCCGAUUUCCUGCCUUCCGUCCCGGGCACACUGCCACACUUCCUCCAGGAGCCUGAUGAUGCCUACAUUGUCAAAAGCAACCCUGUGAAGCUGCGCUGCCGAGCUGCACCAGCCCUGCAGAUCUUUUUCAAGUGUAACGGGGAGUGGGUGCACCAAAGCCAGCACGUGUCCCGUGAGUUCCGUGACGAUGCCACAGGCCUGAAGAUCCGUGAGGUGAUGAUCAAUGUGUCCCGUCAGCAGGUGGAGGACUUCCACGGUCCAGAGGAUUACUGGUGCCUGUGUGUGGCCUGGAGUCAUCUGGGCACUUCCAAAUCCCGCAAGGCUACGGUUCGCAUAGCAUACCUGCGCAAGAAUUUUGAGCAGGACCCACAGGGAAAGGAGGUUCCAAUCAAGGGCAUGAUCGUUCUUCAUUGUCGCCCCCCAGAGGGAGUUCCGGUGGCCGAGGUUGAGUGGCUGAAGAACGAGGAGCUGUUGAGUUCUCUCAAGGAUGAUCACAUCGAUACAAGAUCCGACCACAACCUCAUCAUCAGCCAAGCACGGCUGUCAGACUCUGGCAACUAUAGCUGUGUAGCCAGCAACAUAGUGGCCAAGAGACGAAGUGCCACAGCUGCAGUGGUGGUUUUUGUAAAUGGUGGCUGGUCAUUAUGGACAGAGUGGUCGUCCUGUAAUGUGCACUGUGGUCAAGGCAUCAAGAAGCGAUCGCGCACCUGCACCAAUCCUGCACCGCUCAAUGGGGGAACCUUCUGCGAAGGCAUGUCAGUGCAGAAGAGCACCUGCAGUAUACCAUGUCCAGUGGACGGUGGUUGGGAAACAUGGACCGAGUGGGCGUCCUGCAGCUCGGAGUGUGAGAGGCAGCGAAGCAGAGAGUGCACUGCCCCAACGCCCAAGCAUGGGGGCAAGGUGUGCGACGGGCCUGCCCAGCACACAGAGAACUGCACAGGGGGGCUGUGCACCCAAAAUCGAAAGCUGCUGCAUGAUGUGAAGCCUCAGAAUGUGGAAGGCACCAACGACGUGGCCCUCUACUCUGGCCUAGCAGCUGGAGUAAUCGCAGUUACCAUUCUUGUGGUAGCAGUCAUGCUCUAUAGGAAGAACCAAAGCGAGUACGGUGUGGACGUCAUCGAUUCAUCAGCCCUUACGGGUGGCUUCCAGUCCCUUAACUUCAAGACCACAAGACAAGGAAACCCUCUUCUCAUGAAUCCUUCCAUGCAGCCAGAUCUCACAGUGGGACGCGCCUACAGCAGUCCUAUGUGUUUCCGGGACUCGGUGGACAAGGACUCCUCCCUCUUCGACCCCUUACCAGAUAUCAAGGUCAAAGUUCCAAGUUCCUUCAUUGUGUCGCUGGGGGUGACAGAUCGGGCAGAGUACCACGUCAAAGGCUACACAGACACCUUCCCAAGAGGGCUGAACCCAGAAUACAGAACAGUGGAGAGGUGUGAUAUGAGUCUGCUUGUCCCCAGCGCUUAUUCUCAGCUGAAGACUUCGGGUGUGUUUGGGCAUUUGGGUGGACGCCUGGUGAUGCCAAACUCAGGAGUCAGCCUGCUGGUUCCCCAUGGGGCGAUUGCUGAAGAGACAACGUGGGAGAUGUACAUUGUCAUCAAUCAGGAGUCCAGUGCACCAGUGGAUGGAGGCUUUGAAAUACUGCUUGGGCCUGAAGUCACUUAUGGUCCACCAGGUCUUGACUUGUGCUACCCUGUGGCUCUGACCAUAGCCCAUUGCGCCAAGAUCAGUCUGGAAGACUGGAGCAUCCGACUCAAACGCAAAACCCAGGAUAACAAGUGGGAGGAAGUGAUGUCUGUGGAAGAUGAGAAUGUUUCCUGUUACUGCAUGAUGGAGUGCCAUAGCUGCCACUUGCUCCUGGACCAACCUGGCCGCUACGCGUUGGUUGGGGAGCCCAUCACCGAGGCUGCUGUGAAAAGGCUAAAGCUGGCAGCCUUUGGGAGCAUGGACACCAGCUGUCUGGACUACAGCCUGCGGGUUUACUGUGUGGACGACACCCCAUAUGCCUUUCAGGAGGUGUUAACCACAGAAAAGAGAAGGGGUGGACAACUCCUCGAGGAGCCAAAAACAUUGCUCUUCAAAGCAAACUCCUACAGCCUCCAGGUUUCCAUCCAGGACCUCCCUCAGUUUCUGUGGAACAUCAAGCCUUUCACAACUUGUCAGGAAUUCUCCUUCUCCCAAGUCUGGUGCAGCAACCAGCAGCCGCUGCACUGUGCCUUCUCCUUGGAGAGAUACAGCCCGGCCACCGUCCACCUCUCCUGCAAAGUCAGCGUGCGGCAGGUUAAGGGGCAUGAACAGAUCAUCCAGGUCUAUACGUGCGUAGCAGAGAGAGAAAAGGACAUGACUCCGGCUUUUCGGCACAUGGGCUGCGCUAUCACUUCUCAAAUUGGACCACGGGCUUUCAAAAUCCCCCUGUCCAUUCGCCAGAGGAUCUGCACCACCUUUGACACCGCACAUGCCAAGGGCAAGGACUGGAGGCUCCUUGCACGGAAGCUUCAUAUUGAGAGGAACCUUGCAUACUUUGCCAAGCAGCGGAGCCCUUCCGGAGUGAUACUGAACCUCUGGGAGGCAAUGCACCAAGACAACAGAGACCUGGACUCCCUAGCCAGUGCCCUUGAAGAGAUCAGCAAGGUCCAUCCAAACAUCCCGGUCAACAGCAAUGGGUCCGAUGAGCCGAAGUCGUACCUCACUUAGAGCCAGUGGAGCAGAGGUGCUCCCUGAAUGAAGCGAGCAAACUCCACGCUUCGGUUACUCAAGUGCACGAUCCGGUAGACCACUGGCACACUAACUUCUUGGACCACUGAGCAGCUGAGAUCAGAGAAGAGAGGGACAGCACUCAGACUGCACAAACGCCAGUUUGCCAUCAGGGGGAGGUCAUGUGAGCCAAAGAGAAUGGGCAGAAGUGAUUUGCACCCCGAGCCGCUUACAAGGAACUCAUGGGAUAUUUUUUAUUAAUAGCAUGAAGUGAAAAAAGCCAUCGAACACAGGUGAAAUGCAUCCAUAUUCACUCCUGAAGACCAGAGGCGGUCUAUAGUCCAUCAGAAAGGCUCACCAACAUCUGACUGCUGUUGACUACAGUGGCAAGUGAUAUGAAGGGGUCUAUGUUGCCAAGCUACCACAGAGAAGAAGAAAGAGUUCUACAGCUG